UGCGUAACGGAACAGCCUUCUGUGUUCGCAUGAUAUAUGUAUAGACUGUUGAUUGAGUCAAGGGGCAAACUCGGUAAUUGGAAAUAUCCCGCAUAGCAUACACUACCAGGCCUAUGUGAAGCAACUUUCCGUCGUUUUGCUGUCAUCAGAAGAGUUCAUUGUUGUCGAGUAACUUAAGACAUUGUGGUUCGGUGUCAACAGAUUGACAAGGGAUUUCGCUUUGCCAUACUAGUUUGACUCACCGGGCUUCUCUUGUUGCUUCAAUUUCGAAGUGGAACAGUAACAUGGAGUUGGUGUGUAGACCAGCCCCGUGGCUCGCGACGAUAGCGAUGGUCGUUAUUUGGACUUUAUCUUCAAAUACGAAUGGGCAAAGCAUUGGAAAUGACGAGGAUUUAAAGAUACAGUUGAGAUUAAUGGAUGGCAGAUCGAUUUAUGAAGGGCGUGUUGAAAUAUUUGUAAAUGAUGAGAUGGGAACGAUAUGCGAUGACUACUUCACACUCACAACGGCUAAUGUCAUCUGUAAAGAUCUUGGGUUUGCUGGAGCUGAGUCUUUUUACUAUGGUGGGCAUUUUAACCCAGGAACAGGAAGAAUCUGGUUGGAUUCGUUGCGCUGUGAUGGAAACGAGAGUAGUAUCAAAGAGUGUAGCCAUGCGCCUUGGGGAGUCACUGACUGCAGCCAUGAUGAGGACGUCGGUGUUCGUUGCAAGUCGUCCAUGAUCGCUAACACAGAUUUCGAAGAUAGUGAGAGUGAAUCCAAUCAAUUAACAUCAGACAACGAAGACUCUGUAGGCAGACGCGAACAUGGUCCAAUGAGGGUAGAUCUGAACGUGGGUUCAUUGAAAGUUCGACUCCGAGGUCGGAGGACAGCCUACCCUAAAUCAGAAGGCUACGUAGAAGUGUACUUCAGAAACAGAUGGCGACCGGUGUGUGCAGAUGGCUGGGAUAUGGCGGAUUCCAGAGUCGUGUGUGGACAGAUGGGUUUUAGCGAAGCUAUUCCAAUAAAACUGUUAGAGUUUAAGGAUAAGAUGCGAACACGAAUGCAAAACGCAUGGCUUACCAAUGUUACGUGUAGAGGAGUGGAGUCAACGCUACAGGAAUGUUCUUAUCACACACUCUCAAACGCGGAACAGUGCAUAUCAGGGAUGCCUGCAACGGCUCGAUGUGAAAGGGGACAUUUCGUUGAAGAUUCCAGAGGCAAAAAGACCGACAAUGUACUUUCUGAAUACUUGGGAGAUGAUGCCAUAUUGCAAAAACCUAUAGUAAGGUUAAAGUCUGGCCCUUAUCUCGGAUCAGGAAGAGUUGAAGUUUUUUAUGACGGCAAGUGGGGUACUGUGUGUGGCGAUUCUUGGAACAUGGCAAGUGCUAAUGUCAUAUGCAGAGAGCUCGGAUUUGGCACAGCAAAGGAAAUUUCGUUGAGUAGCGACACUUACGGUCAAGGUACAAGAAAUGUCUGGCUCGAUAAAGUAAAUUGCACAGGAGACGAAAAUUCUAUUUUUGACUGUCCACAUUCCACAUGGAACUACGCAGGUGAAAGCCUAAAUGGAUUCUGCACGCACGCCAAUGACGCAGGAGUCGUGUGUCACGUGCCUGGGCAACGGGGACUGUUAAAGAUAAGACUGGUGGGUGGUCGCACUGAAAUGGAAGGUCGUUUAGAGGUACAGCAUGGCACGACAUGGGGAUCAGUUUGUAGCGAUGAAUGGGACAUGCGUUCAGCGAUGGUAGCAUGCAGGCAGCUGGGACUUGGAUUUGCUCAUCAACCACUAAGAGAUGUGACGUAUUUUGGUGGACUGGAUGUGCCAAUCAUAAUGAGCGGUGUUAGUUGCCGUGGUGACGAGUUGUCCCUGAACCAAUGCAAACAUGACGGUUGGCAUACGCCGAAAUGUGAUCAAUAUCAUAUUGCAGGAGUUGUCUGUUCAACUUCUCUUCCCGAUUUAGUACCCGAUUUAGGCCUAAUAGAGUCUACAGCAUACAUUGACGAACGCCCUUUUGGAUUACUUCAAUGCGCCAUGGAGGAAAACUGUGUGUCAAGUUCGGCUUAUGACGUCAUACCUGGUACCAUGCCGUUCAUAUUUGGUACCCGACGCCUCUUGAGGUUUUCAAGCAGUAUCGCAAAUCGCGGUACCAGUGAUUUCAUUCCAGUAACUGACAAAAGAUACUGGGAAUGGCACCAAUGUCACCAGCAUCACCACAGCAUGGAAGUGUUUGCUACCUAUGACUUGCUGAACAGCGAAGGUUACAAAGUGGCGGAAGGACAUAAAGCCAGCUUCUGUUUGGAAGACACCCAUUGUGACAUCGGUGUUUCGAAGCAUUACAGUUGUCUGAAUUAUGGAGAUCAGGGAAUUUCCGUGAACUGUAUAGACGAGUAUAAGCACACUAUUGAUUGUCAGUGGAUCGAUAUAUCUGAUAUCGAACCGGGUUUCUACAUUCUAAGGGUACAUGUUAACCCCAAUGUCUUCGUGGCAGAGUCUGAUUAUUCAAACAAUGACGUGUUAUGCAAUUUAGCAUAUAACGGCUAUGAAAUCUCCGUCAAUAACUGCAGGUUUGCCUCAGAAGAAUAGAUAACUGCGCCUGUAUUGUUAAUUUCAAUGAAAUUAUUUUUAUUUUAUGAAGUGGCAUAUUUACUACAAUAAUGGGUGUACUGUGGUGCUGUUUUAAAACUGAAAUACGCUGUGAGUGGAUUUCGUCUUAAUUGUUACUUUGAACAAUCGUAGAGGCGAGUCACACCAAGAUACCUCAAUAGAUAUUUUUUCAAAUAUAG